AUGGGUCCAAUGUUGCUACCACUCCCGCUACUUGGAACGACUUGUCCUUCCUUGAGCAACACACCUAGCUCUCGGCUUAUCGCCACUUCGGGUAACUCUAAGCCCCAUGUUGGCAAAUGGAGAGACUUAUUAGCUACUAAUCGUGGUGCUAAAUCAUGUCCAAA